AUGGCUGACAAUAACAGAGAAUCAACUUCUGGCAAUGGUCAUUCAAAAGUGGAUCCUUUGCUUUCGUAUCAGUUGACCCAGUCGAUAAACCAUUUGAUGCAACGACCAGGGCAAGUGACAAAACCUACUAUUAAGAGAAUUGCUGAAUUUUAUGGAUUUGAUACUUUCAACGAGAUCACAGAAAAUGAUCAAGGAAUUAAGGUCGAUAGAUUAACUAUAGCUGGAUCUAUUUUGUUGAUUGAUAUUGAUUUUCUCAAACAGCAGCAGAAACAAAAAACUCUCCAAGACAACGAUGGCGAUGUGAUUAUUAACGAUUCUACUGAUGCUGAGAUUGGUAAAGAAAUUGUCGACGCGGUGUCACUUCUGUUGGCGUCAAAACAGAAAAUAAAGGAAUUAUUGAAUAAUAUCAAGGACCAUAACAAUACAAAGGCACAAAUGCAUAGAUUGAUGAUUCAGCUAAAGAAUCUUUAUUCGUUAACUUAUAGUGGCAGCUGUGCUCCAAGUUCUUGUAAUAAUGUAUUAUACAAUUGCUUGAAGUCUCCAGAAACCAAAGAUUUGGAUCAUGAACAAGUUCAAUAUAAUGUGGUGAAGCUAAAUACAUUUUCGGAUAAUCUAAAAUACCUUGCAAUACUAGAUAAGUUGUCCGUAUAUUCAGCAAGUGAGGUCAGUUUGCAAAAUGACCGAAUUUUCAAUAGUGAUGGAAAUAGUUCCGGAAAUGUGGUGUUGUUCGAAUAUUUAGAUGAUCUCGCAUUUAUUUUAAGCUUCUUGUUUUCUUAUGAGUCGAAGAUAUUAAUUAGUGACCUCCAAAAAUCAUCAUCAACGAGUUUCAAUGGCAUGCUAGAUAUAUUGAACGGUUAUCUGAAGUUUGGUAAAACCAUAAUAAACUUGAAUGAUAAGGAAUUGGGAAUAUUUAUUAAGUAUUGGGAAGAUAAUAGACUUUUAAAAUACAAAAAGUUACAGGAUGCUUUUGUAAAACAGUACAAAGAUGGCGACGGGGAUAAUGGAAUGAUGAGUGAUGAUAAGGAAUUUGAGAAAAUCAUUCAAUUUUAUGAAACCAAUUUUGAAAAUGAUAACAAAAUUUGCAAUAAGGGAACCAAAUAUAUCAAAAUUGGUAUAGACUACCAUUUUAAAAAUGGGCUACCACAGCUACAGAACUUGAUAAGAAAUGAAACAUUCAAAAAAAUUGCAGAAACGGCAGCCCAAUCAAAUUUUUCGAAUGAUGCCUGGGUAACAAAAUCGACCAUCUUGUCUAAUCUCAAUUUCAUCUCCAGUUUGAAAAUACCUUAUUCCAGUUUAUUGUCUAGUGAAAACCCAGAAUGUCAAGCAUGCUUAAAUUUGAAGUUUUCCAAAGGGAUUUGGGUACCCACAGAUCUAUUGGGUAGCUAUUUUGGUAAUUUUAUAACCUAUGAUUCCGAUAAUGGAAAUACUGGCGAAUUCUUUGAGAAUUUUAAAGGAGAAGAUAAAGAAAAAGACGGAUUUUCUGGUGAUAUUAGUGACCAAGAAGAUGAUGCUGGUGGUGAUAUUAGUGACCAGGCCAGAUUCAGAUCGAAAAAGAGGAACGAAGUGAAUGAACUAUAUAUCAAAAACUACAAUGAUCUAUUCGCUAAUAGCCAUAAUCUAAAAAACAAGAAGCCGAAGAUAAUCAAGCCUUCAUUAAAUGAUGUUCUCAAGAAUUUUAAUGAAGAACAUAAAAAGAAUUAUUUACUCAAAUUUGAACAAAAAAAGAAUAAUGAGAAGCAGGGUGAUCCUGCAUCACUGAAGAAACCUAUUGAAGUCAAGUUGCAAAUCAAUUAUAAGCUUAUCUCAAAAUUAAAGAAAGUUUCUUCCUUGAAUUUGUACAAUGAUUGCGUGGAUAAAUCUGACGAUAUUCCUAUUGACAAUGAAGGCAAUGAAGAGUCUUUGAAAGAUCAGUUAUUGCAAUAUAUCAAGGACAGCAGUAAAUCUAGGGGUAAUGUCAACAUGAUGAAAGAUGAAGAAGGCUUGGGCAUCGGAAAUGUUUCUUCAAUAGGGCCUUUACUCACUUCCAAUAAGGGAAUUUUUUUCAAAACACAUCCUCUGAGCGGAAAAACUACCAUGAAUAUUGUAUCCGAGUUGAUUACCACCAAUAGCAAAAAUAAGGUUGAUAAUAAUAUUGACAUGUUAGUUUCCCUUGGCUUAUUUCUUGAGAGUUUACGUUCGUUAUCCCUUGUUUGGAAUUUGGUGAAAUCUUUGAGCAAGAAAUCGAUAGUUUUGACAAAACAACAUGAGGAUUAUAUCACAAGCAAGUUGCGAGGCCUUAAUAUUUCGCGCAGAUCAAAUUUCAGGGAGUUUAUUAAUGAUACAACUCCGGAGGUUAUAUCUAAUACCAACGGCAAUAGAUUUAGAAGAGCCUCAGGAAGGGCAUCCAUUUCAUUAAAUGAGGAUGUGAGAAGAAGUUUAAGUUUUGGAGAGAAUUCUACCAUCCCUGGUGAUGAGAGAAAUGGUGCUUCUGGUGAAGGUAUUAAUUUAGAUAAGUUCAUUGCAUCGAUUAAUGAGGAGGCAAAGGACGGGGCCAAUGGAUCAUCGUUGGUUCAUAGGUUUGGGAGUAAGCAUCUUAAAACAGACUUUGUUUGUCCAGUGCCAUUUUUGAAUGUUUCAAUUUAUUCUCUCUCCAAAAACUCUUCAAUUUCACAAAAAAUAUAUCAAACUUGUGGGUUGAUGGAUAAUAUAUCUGGGAGAUUUAGUGAUAUUUAUGAACUACAAAUUUCCACCAAUUUACCAUUGUUUAAUAACUUGUUGAAGGGUCAUGAACCUGUGUCGGAGAAUAAUGAUAUGAUUGCCGAGAAAUCCCUGAACAAUGACAUUAAAAUGUUGAAGAUAAUGAUCUAUAACGGUAGGGUGGAAAAUAUCCAGUUAUUGGUCCAGGAUAAGCUCUGCGUCUCAUCUAUCGACCAAGAACCAAAUCCUGAUGCCAAUAAUAGUGCUAAACCAUCACAAAACCACAAACUAAUCGGAAAAUUGAAAGAGUUGACAAAAUUUAUCAAUUACACUGAGGACUUAUACUUGCUAUUCAGUGUCCUUCUUAGAUAG